CGGGGCGGGACGGCAACGGGUGUGGAAGGCGGGGCUAUGCGGGCGGGAGCCAAUCCGCUAGGCGGCACGAGGGGACAAGGGCGGGGUCACCGCGCGCGACCCAAACACUAGGGCCCCGGUUCACCCUGGAGCACUGCUGCCCCUCGGCCUUCCGGUGCCAGGGCCCCGCAAUCUCCUCUCCGACUGGACCACCCCCACUUUCGUGGUCCAGUCUCCCCCCGCCCCCCCUUCGCAGGGGCAGAGCGCCGGCGGUUGCCGGGAAGCGCGCGCACCUCUUCCCUCCCUUUCUCCGUUCUCGCCUCACGUGCCACUCGUUUUUUCCUUUUUCUCCGUUAAUAACAGCUGGGUGGCUGGGGGAGGAGGGAAGGUGGCCCCAGCGGAGACUGGGCGGGCGCCUCCCACUCACCCGCAAGCCGCCGUGGGAGCAGGAGGAUGGCGGCGGUAGCAGCGGCCGCCCGGGAGGAGGCGGUGCCGAGGCCUGGGGCGCAGAGCGCGGCCGCGGUGGCAGAGAGCGGCAGCAGCCCGUCGCGGCGCAGCAGAACCGAAACCGGCGGCAGCCGCACGGCCACCUGAGCCGUCCCUCCCUCCGGAGCCAGUGAGCGGCGCCCGCCGGAGCCCGGACCUCCUUCCUGUUCGCCUCUCGGCGUCUCCCGCGCCCCUCGACCCCAGGAGAAGAGCGCGCCGGGUGUCGACCGCCCCUCGGGGCGCCGGGCGGCGGCCCUGGACGUACGGGUUCCCCGCUGGGCCGGCCGCGGCGCCUGGGCCCUGCCCUCUAGCUCCCGCGCUCUCUCCCGCCCUCCGGGCGCUGCGCGUGGGCCCGGCCCGGGGCAGGUCGGACAUGGGCGCCAAGCAGAGCGGCCCGGCCGCUGCUAACGGCCGCACCCGCGCGUACUCCGGCUCGGAUUUACCUUCCAGCAGCAGCGGAGGGGCCAACGGGACCGCGGGCGGCGGCGGGGCUCGGGCCGCGGCCGCCGGAAGGUUUCCUGCUCAGGUGCCCGGGGCGCACCAGCCUAGUUCCUCGGGCGGAGCCGCGGCGGCCUCGGCCGCCCCUCGCAGUCGCUCCCUCGGCGGCGCCGUGGGGACCGUGGCGUCGGGGGCCCGGGCCGCGCAGUCCUCUUUCAGCAUCCCCAACAGCAGCAGCGGCCAGUACGGCUCGCAGGACUCGGUGCACAGCAGCCCGGAGGACGGCAGUGGUGGUGGCGGCGGCGGCGGCAGGGACCGGCCGUCCGGAGGGGGCCCGGGCGGGCCUCGCCUGGUGAUCGGCUCUUUACCAGCUCACCUCUCGCCGCACUUGUUUGGAGCUUAAGCACCGUGGCUUGGCCGCGCCGCCCGGCUCAGUCACCCCUCCCGGGAGGAAAAUCGCCAUUUAACCCCCGGGACGCCGCUGGGG